AUGUUUGCACAGUUUGCCCACGGCCCUUGUGCACUUUACUCUAGGCCCAAAGUUUCCCUGCCUCCAUCCUCCCCUCGUUUUCCACCGUACAACACACACACACACACACACACACAUAGCAAGAAGGUGUCUAUGCACAGGCGAGUAAACACGCUUGUCGGAUGCGUCUGCCAGGGUGGACGUGUGCAAGCCAUCGGGAGCGUGCUCAGGUUUGUGGAUGUGCGAAAGACGCCGUCUCACUUCAUAGCCCGGAGCCUUAUUGCUGUGGUAACCAGGCGGGCGCAAUAUUGCCCAGGCCAGGCGACAUCUGCUUCUCAUAGUCGAGAGGCUUUCUCAUUCGGCUUUUUCGCACGUAGUGCUGCCGUCCUGCCGUCUUGUACCCUCUUCUACCGUCUUGUACCGUCUUGUACCGUCUUGUACUGUCUUGUACCGUCUUGUCCUGUCCUGUCCCGUCCUGUCCUGUCUUGUCGCGUCCCCGAGUUCGGCUGCGAAACCAUCUCGACGCCGGCUCGACUCCAGCCCCACUGUAUCGCAUUUCACACGAACACCCAACCAACACACAGCAUCGGGCACACAAACACUUGCUGA